AUGUCAAUUGAUGAUUUCAAGCCUGAAAAGUGGACGAUAUCUUCAAAUGAAGCUUUGAAGUUGUCGCUAGUUUCUGAGGAUAACGCGAUACAGUUCUCGCCAACCUUUACCUAUCCUAUAUUUGGCACGGAAGAACAAAUAUUUGGCUAUAAGGACUUAGUUAUUCAUCUAGCAUUCGAUGCUAUCACAUUCAAACCAUUUUUGAAUGUGAAGUUUUCAUCUAAGUUCGAGGGAAGUGAAGAAGAGUUAGUUAACAUAAAAGAGAAGCUAUUGGAAUAUUUACCGAUUGACGAUACCAUUUAUAAGGAUGAAGAGAAAUGGAUUGACUCUUUUAAGAAGGAACAGGAAUCUAUAGAGGCCUACAAAAAUGACCAAAAUAUUGAUGAGUAUAAAAUCGACAACGCUGACUUUGAGAUUUACAAAGUAAACUUACAAGACCCCAAAAUGAAAAGAUUUCACAGGAGAAUUCAAAUAUUUUCCUUACUUUUCAUUGAAGCAGCUUCAUAUAUUGAUGAAGAUGAUCCAAAAUGGGAAAUAUUUAUAGUACAGACCAAGAAAGACAAAAAGUUUGUUGGUUAUGCCACCGCAUACAAUUACUGGUACUACCCUGGUGCUAAUAAUUUUGAUAGCGAGAGUAAAUACCGCUACAGAGGCAAAAUUUCACAAUUUCUAAUUUUACCACCAUAUCAAGGUAGGGGUCAUGGUUCACAUCUGUAUAACAGCAUUGUAAAAAAUUGGCGAAACGAUUCCUCAAUUUUGGAAAUCGUUGUCGAAGACCCAAAUGAAAGUUUCGAUGACUUAAGAGAUGUUAAUGACCUUGAAAUGUUAUAUAAAGAUGGAUUCUUCAACAAACUACCACAAGAGAGGCCAAUCCCUAAUGCAUGGAUAGAAUCUACGAGAUUAAAAUAUAAAAUAGAAAAGCGACAAUUCAGUAGGCUACUUGAAAUGAUAUUGCUAUCAACUGGUUCAAAUAAUUUUGAGUACCAAGUCAAACAGAGACUGCUGAUAAAAAAUAAAGAUGGAUUGGAAGGUAUGGAAGUUUCUGAUAUCAAGGAUGCCUUAAAUAAAUCCUUUGAGUCACUGCGUGAGGAUUAUGAUCGCAUUCUUGGUAAAUGUCAAUUUUCCAACGACGCGGAUGGACCAUCAAAAAAGAAAAUAAAGACUUGA